AUGGAAAACGGCUCGCUUGAUCUCUGGGACGCUGCCGAGCUACAAGCCGGCGGUAGUGGCGCCCUGAUAUCACAGACGACAAAACACUCCGGUCCCAUCAAGACACUUCAGUUCAACCCUCUCAAGCCACAAAUCCUAGCCACCGCUGGCGCCAAAGGCGAGAUCUACAUCUACGAUGUCAACGAUAUUGCCAACCCCUUUCGCCUUGGCAAUGCUGCUGCGCGCUCUGAUGAUAUUGAAUGCCUCGCAUGGAACCGCAAAGUCUCCCACAUUCUUGCUACGGGCGGAGCAGGUGGCUUUGUCACAGUGUGGGAUCUCAAGACUAAGAAAGCAUCUCUCACACUGAACAACAGCCGCAAAGCUGUGAGCGCCAUUGCGUGGGACCCAAACAACUCUACGAAGCUGCUCACUGGCACGCCGGACGAUAAUGCUCCGGUCAUUCUACUGUGGGAUCUGCGCAACUCGAAUGCACCAGAGAGAACGCUUCAGGGUCAUGAACAAGGUAUUCUGUCGCUCUCCUGGUGUUCACAGGACAGCAGCAUUCUGCUCUCAUCCGGCAAAGAUAACAAGACAAUUGUUUGGAACCCUCUCACAGGAGAACGUUAUGGAGAGCUUCCUGAAGUCACGAACUGGACUUUCCAGACCCGCUUCCAUCCCCAGAAUCCCAAUCUGUCGGCAACUGCCAGCUUUGAUGGCAAAAUUACAAUUCAAACCUUGCAGAAUACGAACCCCGACGCUUCAAAAACUGCCAUCGACAACAACUUGGAUGGCGCCGACUUUUUCAGUGCUGCUCAAACGCAACCCCAGGGUGCAUCGUGGUCACUAAGCAAGGCGCCCAAGUGGUUUGAGCGUCCUAUCGGUGCUUCAUUCGGAUUUGGUGGCAAGAUUGUCAUUUUUAAGCCCACGUCAGGCCAGGAGAGAUCCUCCAAAGUCGUUAUAUCCCAGUUCUCUGCCGACUCUGACUUCUCGUCGGCGACUGAGAAAUUUCAAGAAGCCCUUGCCUCUGGCGACCUGUCGAUCAUCUGUGAAGAGCGAAUGAAACAAUCCAAAACCGAUGAAGAGAAGGCUGAUUGGAAGGUGAUGCAAACCUUGAUUGGCGAAAAUCCCCGUGGCAAAAUUGUUGAGCAUCUCGGUCUCAAGGGGAAGGGUACCGAAGAGCCAGCGUCUGAGGAAACUAAAGCGGAAGGCGAGGAAGCUGCCGGGGAAAACAAGAAGCUAUCCUCCCUUUUUGAUGGUGCUGAGGGAGAUGGUGAUGAUGACGACUUUCUGGCUGGCGUUACCGCGACGAAAGGGGCCAAAACUGAUAACCCAUUCCAUCUGUUUGCUGACAGCGAUACGACGGUUGAGAAGGACAUCACAAAGGCACUUAUGUUAGGUGACUUCGCUAAAGCCACCGAAAUCUGCCUGAAAGAGGACCGUAUCGCUGAUGCUUUCCUCAUCGCCAACUGUGGUGGUCAGGAGCUGGUUGACAAAGUUCAGGCUGCUUAUCUCGCUCGCAAGACUGGAUCGCCCAGCUACAUUCGUCUUCUCGGAUCCGUCAUUGAGAAGAACCUUUGGGACGUUGUCUAUAACGCCGACCUUCAGAGCUGGAAAGAGACAAUGGCCAUCAUCUGCACUUUCUCGGAUCCCACUGAAUUCUCUGACCUCUGCGAAGCUCUUGGCGAUCGCAUCCACGAAAGCGGUGAGCGCAAGGACGCCUCUUUCUGCUACCUGGUUGGCUCCAGGCUCGAGAAGGUCGUCUCUAUCUGGACCGCAGAGCUAGAGGAGGCCGAGCAGGCCAGUACCAAAGACCCAUCACAAGACUCAACCUUCUCUGUUCACGCCAGAACGUUGCAGAGCUUUAUUGAAAAGGUCACUGUCUUCCGCCAAGUCAGCAAGUUCGUUGACAACGAAACGAAUGAGACAGCAGGGUGGAAGCUCGCUGCUUUGUAUGACAAAUACACUGAAUACGCUGAUAUUCUCGCUGGUCAUGGCCAGCUUGACGCUGCUCAACGCUACCUUGAUCUUCUGCCUAGCACAUAUCCUGCUGCUGAGGGUGCUCGUAGUCGGGUUAAGCAGGCAACACAGAAGUCGUCCACCAAGACUGGUGGUAAGAUAGCCACGAGAACAUCGAGUGCCGUAGCCCAGACACAGUCUCCUUACGGGUACCCGACUCCUCAGCCGCAACCUCUGGGGACCGCCGCUGCUCCGAAUCUGUAUAGCAACAUCAACUCUAUUCCUACUCCCCAGCAGUUCCAACCUUUGCAACCACCACAGCUGCAACAACUGCAACAGCCAUCGUACGGAGGCAAUCCUUACCAGCCAUCGGGCAUGUACCAGCCACAUGGUCAAAGUUAUACGUCUCCGGCGCCGCCGCCGAUUUCUGGACCCCCUCGCAGCGGCACUCCGGCUCUAUCGACAAUGCACAGUGCGCCUAAAGACAGCUGGAAUGACGUCCCUAUCGUGACCAAGGCAGCACCCUCCAGACGUUCUACUCCAAGCGUACAUCCUCCAGUUGGUCCGUACGGUGCUCAAGCCGGCCAAGCACCACCUGGGCCUCCCACCUACGGCGCGCCUCCUAAAGCGAGCCCCCCUCCUCCUCCACCUAAAGGGUCUGCCCCUCCUCGUGUCACCUCGCCUCUAGCUGGACCUCCCCAGACAUUCCAGGAACCCCCGCGUCCGUCGUCUGCAGCUAACCAGUAUGCUCCCCCACCUCCGCAAGUUGGUGCCAGUCCGCAGGUGACAAAUCUCGUUGCACGAACUGCUUCGCCCUACAAUGCUCCUCCUGCCGGUGCUCCUCCUUCGAACAGAUACGCCCCGGCGCCUGCUGCACAGCAAACUGGCCCUGCCCCUCCUGCGGGAGGCUUUAUGUCGCCGCCACCUGCUGGUAGCAGCGCUCCUCCAGCGAACCCGUAUAGUCAAUUUGCGCAGCCGCCUGUAGCUUCGCCUGCCGGAAACCCAUAUGCUCCAACCAACAACUACGGCGCGCCGCACGGCGCUGGAGUGCCACACUCUGCCACAGGCCCUCCCACUGGACCACCACCCAUGGGCCGACCCGGUCCUCCCCUGGGCGGUGCUACACCCACGCCUCCUCCCCCCCGGGCCGCCGCGACACCUCCGCCCAAGGCUAAGCAUCCGCCAGGUGACAGGACUCACAUCCCCGCCAGUGCUCAGCGUCUCGUUGAGAUCCUGACUGAGGAUGUGCAGCGUGUUGCAGCAAAGGCGCCCCCUACGUUUGCGCCUCAAGUCAAGGAUACUCAGAAACGCCUUAGCCUGCUUUUCGACCAUCUCAACAAUGAAGAACUUGUGUCGCCUUACAGCGUUUCUAAACUAUCGAGCGUUGCCGAGGCUCUCAAGUCGAAAGAUUAUGCAGCGGCAGCCAAAUUGCAGGCUGAGCUUCAGCGCGAGAGGGUGGAAGAAUGUGGCCAGUGGAUGGUUGGGUUGAAGCGUCUCAUCAACAUGAGCAAAGCAACGCCGUGA